AUGCCCGAAAUUGACAAUGCCAUGAGUUCGGAACCCUCAACUAGCAGGGGUCAUAAGUUAAAUAUAAUUCCUUCGCAAAGAGGAGGACGGAUACUUUUGUGCAAUGGCUACAAAUAUAAUAGACAUACAACCUGGCGUUGUGCGUCGAGAAAAUGUUGCUCUGCAAAUUAUAAACAUCGGAAUAAAUCACUGGAAACAAAAAAAAUACGUUUUUUUCAAUUAAAAGACGUGUGUAUUCCCGGAAAAUUCAAGGACUUGUUAUUUGCUGACUAUUACGAAAAAAGUACUAGAAUACUAGUGUUUUGUAGCAAAGAAGGCAGAGAGUUUAUGCUCUCCUACCAGAUAAAAAACAAAGUACCUACCUACGAAACAUUAUUUAGACUUUGUAAAAGUCAAGUACCGGAACUUGAACCUGAAAAAGUUACAACUGACUUUGAAAUCAGUGCAAUGAAUGCAGUGAAGAAUGUAUUUCCAAAUGCAAAAUCUCAAGGGUGCCUGUUUCAUUUUAAACAAGCUGUUUUGAGAAAUGCAAAAAAAAAUGACAUCAAUAAAUCAAAAUUGUGGAAGUGUCAUGUCCGACAAUGCAUGGCGCUUUCUUAUUUACCCACCCAAUUUGUAGCAGAUGGCUGGCUAUACAUUCUCGAAAAUCAGCACGAUAUUUUUAGUGACGUGCGUGUGAGCAUGAUUGUGAGCGCGCGACAUGUGGUAUGGGAUAUGGCCUAAGCGACAGCGAUUUUUACCCGACUACGGCAAAACAAAAGAAGGGUUAUGAUUUUGACAUGCUAUGUAUGUAUGU